AUGACUGAACGCAAUAUGGCCAGCAUAGCGCAGCUCGAGGCUUGCACCGACGAGCUCGCCGCCGCGAGUCCCGAACACUCGCUUGUCUCUUCGGAAACUCCGGGCGAUGUGCGGCGGUCCAUUCUCGCCAGCAUAUUCAACAUCCAGAAGCUGCUUGCCGAGCCAACAGACUUCCUCGGCCAGCUUGCCAGCCAGACUCAGCUGCUAGCUUGCUUGCAAUGGCUGGGAGAAUUCCAGGUGCUCGCGUGCAUCCCCCUCAGCGGCAGCGUAUCUCUCAAGGACGUUUCCGACUUGGCAGGCGUCCCCGAAGCGCACCUGGGCCGGGUGGUGCGGAUGAUGGCGACGGCCGAGUUCCUCUGCGAGCCGGAGCCCGGCUACGUCGCCCACAGCGCCUUGUCGGCACCCUUCGUCGCCCAGCCGUCCUAUCUCGACGCCGCCAUGUUCCUGGCAGACACGGCGGCGCCCGCGGCGUUCGGGAUGACGGCAGCCACUCAACGCUUCGGAAACUCUCGGCUGUCUCACAAGAGUGCUUACAACGUCGCCUUUGACACGCCCACACCUUUUGGCAGCGAGUUUCAGCGGCGUCCGAAACUUCAACGCCAAUGGCCGGCUUACCUCCGCUACGGGACGGGUGAAGUGGGCGAUAGCGUCGGUGACGUUCUGACGUGCCUGGAUUCGCUCCAACUAGAGAAUAAUUCAUCGGUAGUCGAAGUAGGAGCGACUUCGGCCGAAAUAGCUACGACCCUUGCCUAUCUCUACCCGGCAUUUCGUUUUGUUGUCCAGAUGAGCAGUCACGGCAUACCGGCUUCUCAGCCCCAUCCCCGAGUCGCGAUUCAAAAACGAGCCCCAGGCGCGCAGCAGGAGGUCCGCGAUGCAACCGUCUACAUUCUGCACCCGCCCCUGCCUUCCCCUGCCGUGCCGUCAGAAUCCCUCGCCGCGCAGUUUAUCACUGAUCUGCGGGUGCACAUGGACGUGCUCUGCGAGAACACCUCGGCGACGCUUAUUCUGUGCACCAACCUACUCCCGGAACCCGGGACCGUAGGUCUGCAAGAGGAAACGAUGGCGCGGGUGCGCGAUCUUUCACUGAUGCAGUUGGCUAAUGGACGUUGGUUCGAUGCAGCCGAGCUGAUGGAAAUGCUGGAUGGCGUGGGGGAUAGUAAAGGGAAGCUGGUUCUGGUGAAGAAGACGCAAUCGCGCAACAGCAGUGUGCUUAUUCUGGAGGUGCGGUAUCGGCCGUACUCUGAGCGGUAGGAGCUAAUGGCAGUGUCAUUUACUUUUGUGAAGCUGGGCGCGAGGAAUUGGACGCCGCUUGUCCUUCUAGAUUACUGCUACCUAUGGAGGUAUAUAUGCUGCUAUCUAAAAGAACACGUUUCUUGUUGAGAUCCUUAAUUCCUUGCAGUAGAAGAACGUGUGGUGUAAGGGAGUCAGUUUA